AUGACAAAUUCAGUAUCACUGUGUUUACAGAGAGUGAGAGCCAAAAAAGUAAACUGUUUUACCAACCGUAGACUAACAAAUAAAACAACUAUAGCUAACAAAGUCAUCUUUAAAAAGUCUCUACUAAAUUCUGCAUACAAUAACUUGUCGUGGAAAGUAAACGACAGUGAUGCGAAAACGGUAUCAUCAAUUUGUUCCGUUCUAUUACGAAGUGCUGGAAACUUUCCAAAGAAAGGAAAUGAUGUUGUAUUAUCAAUAGAUGAGGUCUCAUGUGCAUUCAACAAGAAAGCUGGUGAAUGUUCAGGUCGACUGGGUGGACUUCAAGAGCAAUAUGCACACAAUCGUAUUCAAAGUGUCCAGUAUAAUCAACCUGAAGAAGAACAGAAAUACACUGGCAGUGAUGAAAGUCAUCUGGAUGUUAGUGAACUUGAUAAGGAGAAUAUGAAUCUCAGUCGAAGACGUAAUACGGUUUGCAGUACCACCUUUAAAUCACUUAAGAACCGCGGUCUAAUGGAAUUAGGGCAAGCAAACAAAAAUAAAGAUGAGAACCUAAUGAAAAAUUCAAAUUUAGAUAACUCCAAAUCGAUUGCUGAUCCAGUUGCUGGGUUGAUGCAAUUUCGAAAACUAACAAUGAAGAAAAAUAUUCAUCUUUCCAUAGAAAGUAAGCACAACCCGUGGAGAAAAGACAGAGUUAUUUAA